AUGAAAUCUUUUGCUAUGAGAUCUACAGUUGAAGACAAUAGCCUUCAGAUUGAGAAGUUCGGCAGCCAAAAUUUUAGGUAUUGGAUGAUGAAGAUAGAAGACUAUUUGUACCAGAAGGAUCUCUUCCUACGCCUCCAAGGAGUGGAGGGGAAACCUAAGAAGAUAGACGACGAUAAGUGGAAGGUACUCGAUCGUAAAGCACUUGCCAUCAUCAGGCUCAACCUUCACCAGCAUAUGACUUAUAACGUCUCACAUGCGACCACCACCAAGGAGUUGAUGGAGGCCUUGGAGGUACUGUAUGAGAAGCCGUCUGCUUCAAAUAAGGUGUACCUGAUGAAGAAUCUAUUCAAUCUAAAGAUGCAACAAGGAGCUCGCGUGGCAGACUUCUUGAAUGAUCUGUGGUGCAACAGCUUGCUGCAGUGGAUCUUAAGUUCGACAAUGAGAUCCAAGCUCUUCUGCUACUUUCUUGACUACCAAAUUCGUGGAAGAAUUUGGUGA